GUUGAUCUUUAGCUUAUUUCAUCACACAACACAUACAUACACAUACAUUGAAAACAAGAUAGUAAAAAUCAACAUGGCUAAGUUUGCUUCCAUUAUCACCCUUCUCUUCGCUGCUCUUGUUCUCUUUGCUGCUUUUGAAGCACCGGCAAUGGUAAACGCACAGAAGUUGUGCGAGAGGUCAAGUGGGACUUGGUCCGGAGUCUGCGGAAACAACAACGCUUGCAAGAAUCAGUGCAUUAACCUUGAGGGAGCAAAACAUGGAUCUUGCAAUUAUCGAUUCCCAUACCACAGAUGUAUCUGUUACUUCCCAUGUUAAUCAACCAAACAUCUUCGGUGGUUAAACGUGUGUGCAUUUUACAUAAAAUAAGUCUACGUCACUUUACGAGUGACUCUUAUGAGUAUGACAUGCAUCUUUCUGUUUUAAUGUUCGGUGGUGUGACUUUGUUGUUAUGAUAAUAUAAUAUUUUUCUUCUUGUUUAAUUUGUCUUCAACACGGUCAGUAAUGAAAUAUACAUGUAAUCCAA